AUGAUUGAUGCCUUCUACAUCUUCACCAAAGGUGGAUUGCUACUGUGGUCCACGCAGCUCGUGAAGGUCAAAGGAAAUCCCCUGGACCGGCUCAUCAAGGAGGUCCUCCUUGAGGAACGGGUGGGCGAGACCUUCGCGAACAUCGACGCGUACAACUUGAAGUGGAAGUUGCUCAACGAGAUGGACAUCUUCUUUGUGGUCGUCUACCAAGGGAUUCUUCAAAUGGCCUACUUGGAGGGUCUCCUGGCCAUGGUGGCCAAGGAAUUUGUUCAACACGUUGGCAACUCCUUCGGAAACGGCCUCACGAUCAAGCAUGUGGACUUCGAUCAGGACUUCCUCCGCUGCCGCCAGCGGGCGGACAAGGACCUCAAGGAAGCGCGCCGGCAAGGCGGUAUGCGCUCCUUUGCCGACACCAAGAAGGGCGCCGAGGUGCAGAAGACCCGCGAGGAGAAGGGGCUGCCAGCCACAUCAUCCAAAAAGGGUAAAAGUGGCGGGGCAGACGACAAGGACGAGGAUGACGAGGAUGAUGCCGAUGCCUCGAAAGUGGCCGAGGCCAGAGGCAAAUUGGGCGCCAAGUCCAAGGCGAAGAAAGAAGCCGACCCUGCAACGGCCGAGAAGCCCAAGAAGGGGAAGGAGGCGCGCCACUGGGACGGUGGCAAAGUCUCCAAAAGCUUGAUGCAGGAGCUUGACUUCUCCAAGAACAAGCCCGACGACGAUGCCGACCUCGCCGCAAAGCAGGCUGAGUUUCUCGGCUCGGGGGACGAGAACUUUGAUGCAGAGGUGGAGUCCCUCUCUUCUGGCUCGGAGGACGAGGCGAAGGACACGGGGGAGCAGGAGCAGGAGCAGGGCCGCGUGGGCGGCCUUUUCAAGUCGCUGACCCGAGGCGUCAAGAACCUCACGGGCGGCGCUGUGCUGGGGGAGGAGGAUCUUGAGCCCAUCCUGAAGAAGUUCAAGACGGAACUGAUGACCAGGAAUGUGGCAGCAGAAGUGGCGGACAAGCUGUCUGAUUCAGUGCGAAGAAGCCUUGUCGGUAAGACCACCGGGAGAUUUACGACGAUGGCCUCGACGGUGAAACAGGCUCUGAAGGAGUCCAUGGAAACACUUUUGACGCCAAAGAAGUCGAUCGAUGUGUUACGGGCAGCUCUGGCCGCGAAGAACGCGGGACGGGUGUACACUAUAGUUUUUUUGGGCGUGAACGGUGUCGGCAAGUCCACGAACCUCGCCAAAGUUGCGUACUAUUUGAAGCACAAAGGGGGGCUCAACGUUCUUAUUUGCGCUUGCGACACCUUCCGUGCGGGUGCAGUGGAACAGCUGAAGACGCACUCCAGGUGUCUCGAUGUUCCUUUAUUUGAGCGCGGCUACGGCAAGGAUCCGGCCGACAUCGCAAAGAAUGCAAUCGCGCAUGCAAAGUCAAACGGUCACGACGUAGUUCUUGUAGAUACGGCCGGGCGGAUGCAGGACAACGAGCCGCUGAUGCGCGCCCUGGCCAAGUUGGUGGCCAUCAACACUCCCGAUCUCGUGCUUUUUGUUGGCGAGGCGCUGGUGGGAAACGACGCCAUCGACCAGGUCACCAAGUUUAACCGGUCGCUCGUCGACUUGUCCGCCGAUCCGAGGAAUCCGCGGGGCAUCGAUGGGAUGCUGCUGACGAAGUACGAUACCGUCGAUGACAAGGUUGGUGCCGCCCUGUCCAUGGUCUACGUGACAGGCCAGCCUGUCGUCUUCGUGGGCACUGGGCAGAAGUACACGCACCUCCGGAAGAUGCAAGCCAAAGAAGUCGUCAGGACGCUGCUUGGCUGA